CACCAACAGGAUAAAAUGGAAGCUACCCAUCCAUUAUACCUGUGCAAGCUUUUCACUCUUCCUGUUCUUCCUCAUUUCCAGGAUAAGACAGUUCAGCUGAAGUCACUUUGCUUGUUGCCUCUAAAACUUCUGGAGGGAGUUUGCCUUCAAGAAUCCUGCAUGGAAGCACCUCCUGGGCCCAGAAUAAUGAGCUGGUUGGUCUGGGUGUUCCUAGCAGGCUCCAUCAUGGCACAAUUGCACAAAGACCCUGCACUUGACCAUCACUGGGAUCUAUGGAAGAAAGCCCACAGCAAGCGAUACAAGGAGAAGAAUGAAGAAGAAACACGGCGGUUCAUCUGGGAAAAGAACCUGAAAUAUGUAAUGCUUCACAACCUGGAACAUUCCAUGGGGAUGCAUUCAUAUGAUCUUGCCAUGAAUCAACUGGCAGACAUGACCAGUGAAGAAGUGUUGUCUUUGAUGGGUUCCUUAAGAGUGCCCAGCCAAUGGGAGAGAAAUAUCACUUACAAGUCAAUCCCUAAUCAAAUUCUGCCUGAUUCUCUGGACUGGAGAGAGAAGGGGUGUGUUACAGACGUGAAAUACCAGGGCUCUUGUGGUGCGUGCUGGGCUUUUAGCGCUGUGGGGGCUCUGGAGGCACAGCUGAAGCUGAAGACAGGAAAGCUGGUGUCCCUGAGUGCACAGAACCUGGUGGACUGCGCGAGUGGCAAGUACAGGAACAAGGGCUGCAAUGGUGGCUUCAUGACCGAGGCAUUCCAAUACAUCAUCGACAACAACGGCAUUGACUCCGAGGCUUCAUACCCCUACAAAGCUGUGGAUGAAAAGUGCCAAUAUGACUCCAAAAAUCGAGCUGCAACAUGUUCCAAGUACACUGAGCUUCCCUACGGUGAUGAAGAUGCACUGAAAGAAGCUGUGGCCACCAAAGGGCCUGUGUCUGUUGCCAUUGAUGCGAGCCAUCCUUCCUUCUUCCUCUACAGAAGUGGUGUCUACUAUGAUGCUUCCUGUACUGAUCAGGUGAAUCAUGGAGUACUAGUGGUUGGCUAUGGUAAUCUAAAUGGAAAAGACUACUGGCUUGUGAAAAACAGCUGGGGCCUCACAUUCGGUGAUCAAGGAUAUAUUCGGAUGGCAAGAAAUAGUAAAAAUCACUGUGGGAUUGCUAGCUUUCCCUCAUACCCAGAAAUGUAGAGAAGCUCCUCAUUUGAUAAUGAAUAAGCGCAAGAGGAAGUGAACAUCUUCUCAACUCAAUUGUGCCUGCUGUGACCAGUGGAAACAAGCAUGUCUUCAUCACUGUCUAUGAUGCUAAUGAAAUCUAGUUUGAGUUCUGUAUGUGUUUAACUUUGUAGACUUUGGAAAAAGUAGGCUAAGUAAAUUAAUAAUGCACUAUAGAUAUGACUGUAUAACCAGUUCAACUCAAGACCAUCUGUUGUGUUCGUCACUGUCUAAUUUUACGUUGUCUUAUUUUACCCAUGGAUAUCCUUUUAAAACUUGAUGACUUAAUAAAUGUCUGUCUUUCCAACUCA